UUGCACCUCAUGUCUUGAUUAAUCUGCAUCCAUUUAAAGCUAUGAACCAAAAAAUGCCUCAUUCAUCUCCCAACCCCAAGACGCCCGAACCCUCCGUCCAAUCUCACCUGAUGUCGUCUAAGCAAAAGGAAGUAGCCGCAGCCGUCUCCUCCUACAUCGGCUUUCCCGAGCGUCUUAUGCAAAAAGCCGGGUUCUACAAGCAUCCCUUUCUGUAUGUGCAAUUACCAUAUCUGACUGUCUCGAUUGACGUACCAUAGAUUCCUCGCCUCUAUUGUCCUGUUCCAUUUGAUGUACUACCGGACCUGUCAGUUUGUAUGUGUGGUGGAUACAUGCUAUCUACAAGUCUUGUUUCUGGGCUUUUUCUGUUUCUCUUUUCUCUGUCUUUUGGUCUAUCGUGGAGAACGGCGAGACGAAAUUCUUCGGGAUGCCGGGUUAUCGGCACUAAUAGAGAAGUAGCAGGUGACGGGAGCAGUUGGGAUAGAAUUGUCAGGUAGUCGGCGCGAGGGAUAUAUAGCUCUGUAUAUUGGGAAACACUAUCUGAAAGAGAG